CCAGCCCGGGGGACGGUGUGGCGGCGUGGCGGCGGUCGCCAGGACGUGCCGAGGGGGCGUCAGGCGCGACCGAGAGAACGGGCGACACUCGGCGGAGCGUUGUCCAGCUGGGCGCCUGGGCCGCCGCGACCUCCCGUUCUCGGGGGACUUGGCAGAGGAGACCCGCCUGCGGGAGGGAGCGAGAGGAGCAGGAUCUUCAAGCUCAAAAGGUGCUGAAGAACUGAGCCCCUGCCCAAGGCCACCCAAGGCCAGGCCAGGCCAUGGCAGGGCCUGGCUGUCUGGGGCUGGGGCUGUUCUGCUGGGUCCUGCUUGCUGUUCCUGUGGGCCCCCAGCCUGCCGCCUCCGUCUCGGGUGUCCCUCUCACCACUUUGACCCCACCGCCUCAGACUGAGGCCUCUAUGCUGUCUCUCAACCUGGGACUUAACUUCAAAUUCCACCUUCGGGGACCUGCUGCCGCCUGGGGGAUCUCUGUCACAGAGACCCAGCCGCUCUCUCCUGGGCCGAGCCGGGAGCCAGAGGAAGAGGUGGCCAGUGGGCUGAGGACUGACCCCAUUUGGGAACUGCUGGUGGGCUCCCUUGGGAAGUCCCCCCCAGAGUGGGGCUCCGCUGAAGGCAGCUCUCCGCCCUGGGCCUCCUCCCAGUCUCCAGAGUCCACAUCCCCCCACUCUGGGCUCACUGACCGGCCCACCGCUCCCUAUCAGCCCAGGAUGGGCACUGUCACCUGGGACACCGCUCUGACAGUGACAGCAGCUCCAUCCAGUGCUCCCAGGCCCCGCCAGAGUGAGCUGGAGCUGAAGUUUGACAUGGCCCUGAGAGCAGGUGCAGCCCCCACACUUGGGCAUCGGACGCUGCCCCUGCUGCCCAGCCUGCGGGCCAGCCUGGCAGAGAUUGCUGGGCGCCUGGGACCCUUUGGGUUCUUUGGCACUACUCUGUCUCCACUGCGGAACUUCUCAGGCCCAGGCCCUCUCGGCCCAACUCCAUCCCCAAGCUCUCCUGCUAGAGUUUCAGAUGCUCCAGGGUUCUUUGGCACCACUCUGUCCCCAUCCCCAUCCCCUCUGGAGAGAAAGCUCCCAAGCUCAGGCCCGUUGGACCCCGCUGCUUCCCUAAGCUCUCUCACAAUUGCAACAGCAUCACUAGACCCCACCAUCCCCACCUCUGGCCCAGAUGACCCCUCUCCUGCCAGCCUUGGGAAGCCUUCGGUGCAGCCAGAGUGUGGGUCAGGGUCCUGCAGCGUUGGAGAAUUGCCUGAACGCGAGGGGCAGCCUCCUGUGGCCACGCUGCCCCUCUUCUUCCUGACCCUGGAGGCCGACUGGGCAGAGGCCAGAGCCCGCUGGGGGCUGGCCUGGGAGGCCCACGUGUACGGGGUAGGCACGCUCUUCGGCCUGGUGGCCCUGCUGGCGCUUCUGGCCCUAGCCCUUUUGCCCUGGCGCUGCCCGCCGGGCGCCCCCUGCCUGGCGCUGCUGGACCUGCUCCUGCUCUCGGCCGGGACCACGCGGGCCUUCCCGCUCUUCUACGAUGCCUAUGGGCACCGCGACCGGCUGCCCCCGCUCGCCUGGCUGCUACUGCAGGACCUUCCGCUGCCCUGCCUGGCCGCCGGCCUGGGCCUGGCCUGCCUGCUGCUGGCCCGGCCGCGCCCGCCGCGGUGUCCCGCCGGGCUGGCCGCGCUGCUGCUCCUGGGGCUGGGCCUGGCGGCCGCCGCCGCCCUCGGGAGCGCAGCCCACCGCCCGCUGCGGCCCCUGCGGCUCGCCUCCCGCGGGCUGCACGCCUUCCUCGCCGCCCUCCUUUCCGGCCUCCUGCUGGCGCUCUCCUGCUGGGGGGGACGGCGGCGGCGGGCCGGAGCGCCCCUGGGAGGGUCUGGCUUCAAGGGCGCCACCCCUCUCCCGCAGGCGCGCAGCCCCUUCGCCCCGCGCGAGUCUUGGCGGCGCGCCGCCCGCACAGCCCCGGUGGCGGGCACCUUCGGGCUGCUGAGCGGAGCCCUGCAGGGCUACGAGGUGCUGCACGCCCUGGGCUAUGGCGGCCAACCUGGCCUGGAGGGACCCUGGCCCUGGUGGGCCUUCCAGCUAGGCCUGCGCUUGGGCGAGGUGGGCGUCGCGCUCCCGUUGGCGCUGCUGGGCCUCUACCCGGCGCUCUGCAGCCCCCGGGUGCCGCCGCGCUGCUGGGCCAAGCUCUUCCGCCUGUCCCCGGGCCACGCGGCCCCCCUGCUGCCCGGGGGCUGGGUCACCGGGCCCCCAGACAAGGAGCCCCUGGGGGGCGCCAUCGCGCGCGGCGACGCGGAGCUGCUGCAGCUGUGCGCCCUGGCAGGGCCGGGCCCGGACCUCCUACUCCAGGGAGGCGGCUGCCGGGGCUUUGACGGCGCGGCGGCCAACCCGGCCCCUUCUCCGGCCUCCUCCCCCUGCAGCGAUUACACCGUGGAUUUCCGCCCGCCCUCCCCCAUCAACCUGCGGCGCAGCAUUGAGGAGGCCUUGUGCAGCGAGGCCCUGCUCGCGCCGGGCCUCUUCCAGGGCCCUGCCUACGGGGAAGCCUUGCCUGGGCUGGGCCUCUACCGCACCACCUCGUUGGGGGCGAAGACGGGGGCCGGACCCAACGGGAGGUCCGAGGAGGCACUUGGCUCUCCCGCGCCGCAGGAGCUCCCCUCCCCCGGGGCCUGGCCCGCGGGCAGCAGCGCCUCUUCAGGCUCACUGUGUGGACUUUCGAGGGACAGCUCGUCCAUGCUGCUAUGCUCCAGCCCCGACAGGCCUCCACGCUGUCCGCUGGUCUGCGUCCUCAGUCCCCCGCGGCCCUCAGGAAGCAGCCCGAGCCUCCCGGGCUCAGGCUCCUACCAGGCCCUCUCCCCGCCCUCCCGCGACUCCCCAGAGCCUACUCUUGAGCUGCAGGCUGCAGAGGCCUUGCUGCAGGAGCAAUUCCUGGACGCCUGCCGACAGAUCGACGAGCUGAGCGUGGGCAGCGACACCAUAGACCUGUGAAGAGGCGCCCCCCACCCUGGGCGCAGCAGCCUACGCCCCCUCCUGGCGCCUGCUCUGCCUGAGACCUGCACACUGUAACCCAUCCCCAAUCCUGCCUGGCUCAGAUACCUCUCCCCGCUUCCUUCCCCAUCCAGGGGUCCCUGGGUGGGUGGGUCAGCAGCCAGGCUCUGUUGAUUGGGAAUUAGUGCCACCUCCUCUGGAGCCCUGGGCGCUGAUGCCCUCAGCUGCAAUUCUAGGCUGGCAGGGGUCCCACUUUCCUUGGCAUUCACCAGCAAUAAAGUCCCAAGGUGCUCCACUCCUGACCACCACUCCCCACCCUGGUGCUGAGUGAGAGGGGCUGUCCUCAGAGGACCUCGAGACUGGCUUCAGUCCCCAUACCCACCUCUGCCACAGCCAGGAAUCCCAUUCCUGUAUGAGUGAGACUCCCUGUCCUCCACAUGAUCCUUCCCCACAGAAGGGUCCGCGGCUCAUCUGGGAGACUCUACAGCAGUUGGGUGUGAGGUGAGCGCUU